AUGUUCAAUGAUAUUAGCCCUCAAGCGGUCUUCGAGGAGGAUCUGUACGCUGCUAUGGCGCUGUCUGGCACCAAGGCUCAGGUCCUUGAGAUGCACAAGGAAACACUCCAAGCCGUCUGGAGGCAAAGGAGGAGUCCCCCCCCCUUCAACAAGGCGCGCGAGGCUACACCCGAUCUCACCACCUUCACAAACAUCCAGAAGCGCGAACGUCGCAUGACACAAUGGGACAUCAAGUCCGCAGGCUACGAGAACAUCACCGUCGGAUGGCAUCGCAACUCACUCCAGUCCCACUGGUCCGCCUAUCCCGUUCAGUGGCUCACGCUUGAAGCACCUCCUCCCCGAGUCCCAGCGUCUGCCCAUUCCCCGAUGACGCCCCAUGGGAUGACCGCCAACAGCUCUGCCCUGGACAAAGCAUAG